AUGUCAUCGUCUACUCCCCUUGGAGACCCGGUACCAGCGAUCGGUGUGACUAGUCCCGAGCCCAGCAAUCCGACCAAUUCGCCAGCUACUCUCGGAGCAGUGGACGAGCGUCGACUUACUCCUGUACCUCCGAUGCCAAAACUUCUCAGGAUCAACGCAAGCCAUUUGCAAAUUCCCCAGAGCCGCGAUCUAUUCUUUACUGAAGCUAUGAAUUUGCAAGAGACGCAACGCAAUCUCGCUCGCUGCGGAGCACGGCAUGCAGGGUGCAGCGUUCACUCCUCUUUGCCACUCAACGAAGAGGAAAAAAAGAAAGUUGGCAAGAGAAAAGGAAACUCUGAUGAAGAAGACGGAAAGAGCAAGAACAAGAUAUCAAAAGAUAGCAUCCCCUCUUUCUCCAGUCCCUGGGGUCCAUCAUCUUGCUUACCCAAGAGGGUGUUAUGGAAAGAAGUCGAGGAUUAUAAUCGUCAGCGGAAACGAGUCAGGUUCCUUGGAUGGUCGGGGGUCGAGCAUCGUUGGGAGACGGAGGGGUCUUCGACUGUUUGUUCGGAGGGGUCGGAUUGCUCUGGCGCUGAUGAUUCUUUGAGACAGGCGAUACUUUCAGGAGUGACGGGUAAGAAUCAAGCGGUAGCGGGAGAAGGCAGUGAUGGGACUAAGAGAGGGCAAGACGGAAAUGGUAUCAAGGUAGUCAUCACCACUUCGAAAGACGGAACGACCACCACCACGCUUGAAGCUUCUGCAAAUGCCAGACUUGAGAACGGGGUUGAGAUUGUGACGAAGACUGUUGUCGGUGGCGAUGCAGUGACGACGGUUACAACGACUGCAUUGAUUCCUCUGGCAGUUAGUUCUUUGAAGAGAACGACUGGAGAUUGA